AGGCCCUGGGACCUCCCGGUCCUUACCUGCUUCCGGCUUUCGUUUGCUUCCAUAUCCGCUCCUCUAGUCGCCCUCCGCUGUCCCCGCCUUCGUCCCCGGAAGAUUGGGUCCUCUGGCCAGCCACUGUUUGCCGUUUGUACGGGCACCAAAUAAAGUUUGUUUAUUCAAAAGCACCUUUUUUUUUUAAAGCCACACCACCCCCAUUCUCAGCUCCUCCUUCGCGGCGGUAACGCCUCUGUUUCUGAGGCGAUUGAGCGCCGAUCUUUGCGGCCGGGAUCGCGGAACGUAAUGGCUGUCGUCCCGGCGUCUCUCUCAGGACAGGACGUGGGAUCAUUUGCAUAUCUUACAAUUAAAGACAGAAUACCACAGAUCUUAACUAAGGUUAUUGAUACAUUGCAUCGACAUAAAAGUGAAUUUUUUGAGAAACAUGGAGAGGAAGGCGUGGAAGCUGAAAAGAAAGCUAUUUCUCUCCUUUCUAAAUUACGGAAUGAAUUGCAAACAGAUAAACCAAUUAUCCCCUUGGUUGAGAAAUUUGUUGAUACUGAUAUAUGGAAUCAGUACCUGGAAUAUCAACAGAGUCUUUUAAAUGAAAGUGAUGGAAAAUCAAGAUGGUUCUACUCACCAUGGUUAUUCGUAGAAUGUUACAUGUAUCGUAGAAUUCAUGAAGCAAUUAUCCAGAGUCCACCAAUCGAUUACUUUGAUGUAUUUAAAGAAUCAAAAGAGCAAAAUUUCUAUGAGUCACAGGAAUCUGUCAUUGCUUUAUGUACUCACCUGCAACAGUUGAUAAAAACUAUUGAAGACCUAGAUGAAAAUCAGCUGAAAGAUGAGUUUUUUAAACUUCUGCAGAUUUCACUGUGGGGAAAUAAGUGUGAUCUGUCUCUCUCAGGUGGAGAAAGUAGUUCUCAGAAGACCGAUGUACUAAAUUCAUUGGAAGACCUAAAACCUUUCAUUUUAUUGAAUGAUAUGGAACAUCUUUGGUCAUUGCUUAGCAAUUGCAAGAAAACAAGAGAAAAAGCUUCUGUUACUAGAGUGUAUAUUGUUCUUGAUAAUUCUGGGUUUGAGCUUGUUACAGAUUUAGUAUUAGCCAACUUCUUGUUGUCCUCUGAACUGGCUACUGAGGUUCAUUUUUAUGGAAAAACAAUUCCAUGGUUUGUUUCUGAUACUACUAUACAUGAUUUUAAUUGGUUAAUUGAACAGGUAAAACAUGGUAAUCAUAAGUGGGUGUCCAAGUGUGGGGCUGACUGGGAAGAGUAUGUUGAAAUGGGUAAAUGGGUUUACCACGAUCAUAUAUUUUGGACUCUGCCUCAUGAGUACUGUGCAAUGCCUCAGGUUGCUCCCGACUUAUAUGCUGAACUACAGAAGGCACAUUUAAUUUUAUUCAAGGGUGAUUUGAAUUACAGGAAGUUGACAGGUGACAGAAAAUGGGAGUUUUCUGUUCCAUUUCAUCAGGCUCUGAAUGGCUUCCAUCCCGCACCCCUCUGUACCAUAAGAACAUUAAAAGCUGAAAUUCAGGUUGGUCUGAAGCCCGGGCAAGGGGAACAGCUCAUGGCCUCUGAGCCCUGCUGGUGGACCAGUGGAAAGUAUGGAGUAUUUCAGUACGAUGGUCCCCUUUGACUUGAUUUAGGAGCUCUCAGUUGCAUAGAAAGAUCUGACCAGCACCUUUUCAUCCCCAGAAAAGGAGCGCGUGAAUUGAGUUGCCUGGCGGCUGGCUCUGUACAUGCUCUGGGAAGCUUAGCUUCUCGGUGCCCAUAUAUAUGCACUGGAUGAUUUUUCUUUUUAACAUUUUGCCCCACUAUACUGUUUUGGGGAUAGAUGGGUUAAGCAAGUUAUAGAUAAUUACAUUUAUAUUGGAGUUUUAGCAACUUUUUUUCAGGUUAAAUACAUCAUUUCAAGUGCUUUUAAUGAACUUUUUUUAAUUGGCUAGGAAGCAAAAAAUAAGCGAGUUCUGCUUUUAGUUAGUUAACCCUAUUCUUUUCUUAAACAGUACACUGCAUGGUAUUUCAUAUUCCAGGAAGCAUGGAAUUUUAUUUUGCUUGAUUUUGGGCUCAUGAAAUAAUAGCUCUGUGAAAAUGCACAUCUUAAUGACUCUCUGUAAAGAGGCAUUCCUUACAACUGUGAUGUUUCCUCACAUAAAAGUUACCUCAUAAGUUAA